AGAAAGGACCUUGUCAUAUGUUUAGAUAUUAUAUUACACAACUAAAAUACAUUUACAAUUUUUGAGUAAAAUUUUUUUUGAGUGAGUAAAAUAAUUUUUUCUGGAUAGGUAAUAAUUGGUGUGUUUAUCCGAAAACCAUAAGGAAAUAUCUCCUUCACUAAUUAUAUUCUAGUUUCACUGAAAUAUUUUCCAUUUUUUUUCGAAAUUAGUAUACUAAAGAUAUCAAAAAUGAAUAAUUUGGAAAACAACAAUAGUGGUGUAAAAAUUUUCCGGAAGAAUAUAUUUUUUAUAUAAAAAGGAGUUAUGCUAAUUCAUAGUUCAGAUUACCACAAUGGCUGCGAAAUCCAACAACUUCACCGGAGUAAGAGUCAAAUGCCCGAGUCAUCCAGAUGUGAUACUCAUAGAAGAUUACCACGCAGGAGAUAUGGUCUGUCCUGAGUGUGGUCUAGUAGUCGGCGAUAGAGUUGUCGAUGUCGGAUCAGAGUGGAGAACAUUCAGUAAUGAAAAAAGCACCAAGGAUGCUUCUCGUGUUGGUGCCGCGGAAAAUAGUCUUUUAGAAGGUGGCGACCUAUCAACAAUGAUAGGAAUGGGGACCGGAAGUGCUAGUUUUGAUGAUCAAGGACGGCAGAUUUAUCGAAAUAGACGACAAGUGACGAGCUCCGAGAGAGCUCUGCUAAAUGGUUUUGGUGAAAUUAAAACUAUGGCUGAUAGACUGAUGCUUACUGAGUCGUUAUCAGAUCGAGCAAGAUCACUUUUUAAACAAGUUCAUGAUACAAGAUCUUUAAAGGGAAGAUCCACAAAUGCAAUUGCAUCUGCGUGUUUGUAUAUAGCUUGUCGUCAAGAAGAAGCACCACGUACCUUCAAGGAAAUCUGUGCCGUAUCUACUGUAUCAAGGAAAGAUGUUGGACGAGUUUUCAAGUUAAUCUUGAAAGUUUUGGAGACUUCCGUUGAAGUUAUUACUACAAGUGAUUUUAUGAAUCGUUUCUGCAGCAAUCUUUCAUUGUCCAAUGCUGUUCAAAAAGCAGCAACCCAUGUGGCUAAGAGGGCUGUCGAUACAGAUCUUGUUGCAGGAAGAAGCCCAAUUUCUAUUGCAGCAGCAGCCAUUUAUAUGGCCUCGCAUGCGUGCAACGAGCCAAGAACACCUAAAGAAAUAUGUGACAUUGCAGGCGUUGCAGAUGUUACAAUUAGGCAAUCGUACAAGCUAAUGCUUCCUCAUGCUAAAAAACUAUUUCCUGAUAACUUUAACUUUGCUAUCCCUAUCGAUCAGUUUCCCCAAAAUUAA